AUGUUACAAAAACUAUCAACAUGUCACGUUGCAUUUUAUCCGGUCGACGAUUCUGCCAACAAUCUUGGAAAAUACCUGCUGUUGGAAGAGUACAAAGCAGAACAUUUCAACAUGUGCGUCUUGCUGAUAAUCAGAAGUCCUUGAUCUCACCUUUAAACUGGAAUUUUUGUCGUUUGAUGUCUGAAAAUUCGAAGAAAUCUGAAGGUGGAGAAGAACCAGGCACGAAACAAGAAGGGCAAAUGUCGCAAGAAAGCGAACAAGAUUUAUCCAAGAAAACCGGCAGGCAGAGAUUAAGCUUAGUGUUUGCAAAAUAUGGCGUUACUGCGGUCGUAUUUCAUACGGCGAUAUCAUUGACCUCGCUUGGACUGGCAUAUCUCGCAGUGAGUAGUGGAUUGGAUGUUCCCGGUAUUCUCAUCAAGAUGGGCUUCAGCGAGGGUUUAUCGUCAUCAAUGGCUGCCAAAGGGGCCAGUACGUUUGUCAUUGCAUAUGCAUGCCACAAGGUGUUCAUGCCUCUUCGAAUAUUCCUAACUGUCACAUGCACUCCUUUAAUUGUUCUGAGAUUGCAGAAGCUUGGCUUGUUGAAAGCAAGAAGAUAGAGAUAGAAAAAAUUUAUCUUAUGGGGAAAAGUCACCGUGACUUUGAAUGUGCUUAAUUAUAAAAGAACUAAAGACACCUUUGUGACAAUCUGUUACCUUAUUUUUUGUCGCAUGUCUUAACUAUUUUUAGUAGUGUAAAUGCAAUAUGUAUAUAUAUUUACAUUUACCAAUUAUUAUUGCUCUAGAGAUACAACGGGAUCAAUUCUGCAACAUUUUAUCAUAAUAUAUAAGGCUAGCUGUUCCACAUAAAAUGUUAAUUAGCUGUAUGUAAUAUUAGCAACCAUUUUGGGUUAUGAAUUCCUCAAUGCAAUUCCUUUGAACAUUGAUGUGUAUAUUACACUGUGUAGUACAUGCAAAUAUGAAAUAUUGUUUAAAUUUGAA